AAUGGGCAGCAAGCUCUUUCAGCACUCAUCGUGCGCACUUACAGGUGCUUCUCUGACACUGCCUCGCCCCUCCCACCCUUCACAUUCUGUGGAGAGAAGAGACCUCGAAUGGGUUGUCGUUUCUAAAGAGUAGUAGGGGGAAUGAAAACCGAGAAAGGAGGUCCUGCAGCUUCUGUUCAUGUCCAUCCAGGAACAAAGAGCUGUUUGGGCGCUAUACCUCCUGGGUUUUACUCGUAGACCAGGCCGUAUAACACAACCAGCGUAAUAGUACUGCUAACGGGUUCAUCAUCGUAAUUUUCUCCGUAUAGGUUAACGCGACGUUAGCUCUGUAUUUUUAAGAAGAACAUCAAUUGUUGAUACCACCACCACCACCACCUCAGUGCACUGAAUCAACGGGGAAUUGGAUAGCGACCAUUGAAAUUUUGCCAAAAAAAGCUACAGUCUCUUGUUUGAGCUCGUGCAGGCUGUUCUUCUAAGUCAUUCAAGCUGUACUCUCCAAAGGAGCCCCCAAACGGUAGCGCCUUCCCCCCGGGCACCAUGCUGGACCGAGAUGUGGGACCAACACCAAUGUAUCCCCCUACGUACAUGGAGCCAGGAUUAGGGAGACCCACACCGUACGGCAACCAAUCAGACUACAGGAUGUUUGAGCUGAACAAGCGGCUGCAGAACUGGACGGAGGACUGUGACAAUUUGUGGUGGGAUGCCUUCACUACCGAGUUCUUUGAGGACGACGCCAUGUUGACCGUCACUUUUUGUCUGGAGGAUGGGCCCAAGCGAUACACCAUUGGCCGGACGUUGAUCCCGCGGUACUUUCGUAGCAUUUUUGAAGGGGGCGCCACUGAGCUGUACUACAUCCUGAAGCACCCCAAGGAGACCUUCCACAGUAACUUUGUGUCUCUGGACUGUGAUCAGUGCACCAUGGUCACUCAAAACGGCAAGCCCAUGUUCACACAGGUGUGCGUGGAGGGCCGGCUGUACCUGGAGCUCAUGUUUGAUGACAUGAUGAGAAUCAAAACCUGGCACUUCAGCAUCCGGCAGCAUCGCGAGCUGAUCCCGCGCAGUAUCCUGGCCAUGCAUGCUCAAGACCCCCCGAUGCUUGACCAGCUUUCGAAAAACAUCACCAGAUGCGGCCUCUCCAACUCCACGCUCAACUACCUCCGACUGUGUGUGAUCCUGGAGCCCAUGCAGGAGCUGAUGUCCCGGCACAAGACCUACAGCCUGAGCCCCCGAGACUGCCUCAAGACCUGCCUGUUCCAGAAGUGGCAGAGAAUGGUGGCCCCGCCAGCGGAGCCCGCCAGGCAGGCGCCCAGCAAGCGGAGGAAGAGGAAGGUGUCCGGGGGCAGCACCGCCGGCGGCGCCGGGGCUCCCAGCAGCAACAGCAAGAAGAAGAGCCCGGCCAGCAGCUUCGCCCUCUCCAGCCAGGUACCUGACGUGAUGGUGGUGGGCGAGCCCACGCUGAUGGGCGGGGAGUUCGGGGACGAGGACGAGCGGCUGAUCACGCGGCUGGAGAACACGCAGUUCGACGCGGCCAACGGCAUCGACGACGAGGACAGCUUCAACGGCUCGCCCGCGCUGGGCGCCAACAGCCCCUGGAACAGCAAGGCGCCCUCCAGCCAGGAGAGCAAGAGCGACAACCCCGCGUCGCAGGCGUCCCAGUGAAGCAGGGCGGCGGGAGGAGGAGGGCACUGGCACCAGCCUGCCCGUGGAAUCACACUCACCAAGCGGCACCCAGCUCAGGACCAUGCCCUGCUUUCGGCUCCCAUCGCCAGGCCAAUGUUAGGCAGGACCCCUUCUCACUGCAGGACUUUUAAUUUACUGCCGCAGGACAUGGCCUAUUCCUCCUACGCCCCCCUCUGAAAACAGCAAAAAGGAUCUCUCAUUACAUUACACGACAGCUAUUUAGCAGACGCUCUUAUCCAGAGCGACUUACACAAGUUUUUACACAGCGUUUAUAUUGCAUCCAUUUAUACACAUGGAUAUGUACUGAAGCGAUGCAGGUUAAGUACCUUGCUCAAGGGUACCACGGCAGUGUCAUACCCGGGAAUUGAACCCGUGACCUUUAGGUUACAAGACCGGCUCCUGUCCUCAGCUGUCACCGGAGUCACGGUCGAAAAGAGGUGGGUCUUGUCCUGACCGUCUCUCAGAGCCGUUUGGACCGUGUGCUUGCUCAGAAGACCAGCGCUGUGGAUUCUUGUUCCAACCUCGGGCCUCUGCAGGCCGCUCUUUUGUGAUGCUUUCUCGAAGCUGGAUCCCUCUCUUUUACAGUCUGCCCUCAGCAAUAUUUCAUGGCAUCUUUGAAGAAAAAACGAUUUUACUCUGAGCACUUCAAAUUAGAACGCUUCAGAUUUUCAAAGUAAAAUUAUUUUUGACUUAUUGUUUUCAUGUGUUUUUGUAUGACCUGGUAAGAACAAAAAAAUCUGUACUGUGAGGAAGAAGGACUGGAGUUGAGAACCACGGCAUUAAAUCUUUAUAAACAGACCGUUGUAGUGAGGUACUGGGGGUUUGGUAGCUGGGGGACACACUAAUGCCACCAAACAUAACUUCACACUCUACACAAGUUGUUGCUGAAGUGUCUUUUUAAUUUUAUUAAAA